AAUUCGGGUAUGAAUUCAUUUACUUCAAUUUCAGCUCGAAUCAUUUUGAGUAUUCAGUUAUAGAUCGAAUACUCCCUUUUCAAUUCAUUUCGGUUUUGGUAUCGAAUCAAUCCGUUCAAAUAAGCGUUUAUGAUUUUGUUUUGGGGAAUCUACUCGUCUUUGGGUAUUAAUGUAUUAUAAAUAGAUCAUGGAAUGAAGCAGCUUCACAAAUUAAAUAAGUAUCAUCAUAAUAUACAUAACCAACUUAAGAAAUCAAUGGGGAUUGGGUACGACAAUGACGAUUACCCAUUUGAAGGCCAUAUAAGAAAUCAGCCACCACCGAUUAUGGGCGACGAUAAUGGCUACGUAUUGAAGAACCAAAGGGUGGUCCAAUUCGUCCGCCCGGUCGUCACCCGCCAUGUUUAUGUCAACGGUAAACCCGUGAAGGAAGAACGAAUUGUGGGCGACUAUCAACUUCAUAAUUAUGGUGGUAAUAAUAAUAGUAAUAAUAGUUAUACUAACAACGCCCUCAAGGAGAGUCUUGAUAACCUUGGGAUCAUCAACGGCUUCCUCGGCCAAGUUCAGACGGAGGCAAGCAUGUCGCCACGUGACGGUGCCGCCGCUUUUCCCGCUCGCCGCCCCGCAGCGGCGGUGGAGAGUAAGCCUAAUUGGGGUAGCAGGGCUGCUUGGGUAGCCGCCCCCGCCGAUGACUCUUUCUCCAGUUACACAGAGUAUCCGCCCGAUCAGGCCCGGAAUCUCUACCGUCCUGACUCAGAAUCAAACUGGGGUGCUAGGCCUAAUUGGCCGAAUAGCCGCCGGGCUUCCCCAUCCCCGCCCGGAUCACCCGUUUAUUCAAAACAGGGUACCACAAACUCAGAUAGUACAUUGCCUAAUAGGGUUUUGCAAGAUAAUCCCCCCACUCGUUAUGGUGAUCAUUUCGAGCCUAGUCGUCGUACGCAUCAUUUCGUAGGGGAAGAGCAAAGACAACAAGAUAGCCCACCACUCAAACAGCUUGAGAGAUUGGACAUCAAAGACAACAAUAGCCAAGGAUCAAGCCCAAAUCAGAACACAAGGUCUGGUUCCACUGAAGUUGUGAAGAAUGAAAAUAUUGAGGCCCAGAAUCUCUGCCGUCUUGGCUCAGAAUAUAACAAGCCAAAUUUGGGUGCUAGGCCUAAUUGGCCAAAUAGCCGCCGCGCUUCUCCACCCGGAUCACCCAUGCAUUCAAGACAGGGUACCAUAGACUCAGGUAGUACAAAGCCUAAUUUCCAAGACAAUUUCCCCACUCCUUAUGGUGACCGUUUCGAGCCCAGCCGUCCUACGCAUCAUUUCAAAGGGGAAGAGCAAAGACAACAAGAUAACCCACCAAUCAAACAGCUUGAGAGAUUGGGCAUUAAAGACAACAACAGUCAAGGAACAAGCCGAAAUCAGAAUAUGAUGGAUGCCUACAUGGCAAGGUCUGGUUCCACUGAAGUUGUGAAGAAUGGCAAUGGUGAUUCCCUUGUUAAGGACAACACCCUCCAGGUCAAGGACCCCAACAGGAAAAGCCAAGAUCAAGACAAGUCUGCUAGCUACGACAACGAAGGGAAGAAGAUGGAAAAAGGCCAGAAUGACGUCAAAAACCAGAUGGGUAAUCUUGAUGAUGGCUCCUACUCCACGAAGGAAAGCUCGAGUGAUAUGGCGACCAAGCCAAGAUUCUUUGGAGGAUGGUACAAACCCUCAAGGGGAAUGCAAGGUGGUGGUAGCUCUGGCACUACCACCACAAAGCACUGGAGCGAAAUCACUCCGAAUCCUCCAGUAGGACCGAUAACCAUACCUCCACUGGUUGAAUCGCAGGAAGCGAUGAGGCGAUAUGCGUAUGUGAAGCCGACAAUGGCAACCGGGUACUAUGGAGCCAUCACGAGUGAAGAUGCUGUGAGAAAGUAUGGUGGCUUCUUUGUCCCUCCAAGUUAACACAUUUAGCUUACAUAGUUUCUAAAGAAAAAAGAGAUAGUAGUACUCCGAUCCUUAUGUGUAUUAGCAGUAAAUGUGAUAUGGAGUAUAUAUAACUAUAGAAUAAUGGUGGGUCAUGAUGAUGUUAGACAAAAUAAAAGUAUGUGAUAUGAUGCUAUUAUAAAUGUGAUAUGCUACCCUAAAAAAAUAUGAUAUGUGAUGUUAUAAUAAAUGUGUUAUACUAGCUACUACUUACUAAUAUAGUGUAAGUUUCUAU